AAACACUAGGGUGGAAAAAUGUAAAAACAAUCAACAAAAUGCAUUGCUUUUCCUCACUAAUAUGCAGAAUAAGUGCCAAAAUGAAAUGCAAAACUACUUUUACAUUACAUUUCAUUGCACUUGAUCUCUUUAUUGAAAAACAAUACGCACUUAUUUGCAUUUUCAAAACCAAACGCUGAAUUAGUGCCAGAAUUUAAUGAAAUACACCUUGAAAUGUAAUCAAGGCACAGCGGUAUUACUUUUCACCAUAAGGUACUUUAAACAUGAACUCCUCCUUUAAAUGUAAUACUUACGAGAUUGCUUUUAAACACUGAUGUGAUGAAAACAUGCCACAAUGAAAAUCAAUAGCUCCAGUGUGUGUGGAUUUGUAUUUAAAGAAAGAAACGCAGAAUUAGUGUCACAAGCCACCUUAAAAUGCAAUCUAACGAACGGCAUUGUAUUCCACUGUGUGGCGCUGCGAAUGUGCAAAAGCAAAUCACAAUGCAUAGGAUUGCAUUCCGUCUAGGCAAGCGCUGUAAUCGUGCCACAUGUAAAUUUAAUAACUGUCCAAUAGGAGUGCUCCCUCAAAUUUGGGGCGGGACCUGUUGGACUGGACAAAUAUAAUCGAUCACCGAUUACUGAAGCGCUUCAGUGCUUCUUGAAAAAUCGGCGCUGUAUGCGUAUUUCAAGUGCCACACAGUGCCUCAAGAAUCAGCAGGCCGUGUGUUUGCGUAGAGACCACAAGUGAGGGCAGGGCUGGAUAUCCAACUCCGCCUACUACCUACAGGCUUCCGCGAGAGGCUCCUGUAAACGGCUGCAGUUUUCUGCCAUAAGGUUUUAAUAUUUGCUGUUUUUUCGCAUCAAAAUAGCUAGAGAAAUGACAAAGAAAGCAUGGGUGGCAGAUUUGUUGCGAGAGGCUCUUAAUGGCCUGGAAGAAGCCGAAGGCGCCUCAUCUGUUGCCACCAGCAGCAACGAAGCUCCUUCGUCAAAUGAAGAGAACUCGCCAUCUUGCAGUCGGCCUUGCACCUCAAGGGCAGCACAAGCGGCUCAAAAUGCUGUUCAGGGUGAGGUCGCCCGGGCAUUUGCCCCCUAUCAGUCAGGAACCAGAAAGAGACGUCUAGUCCUGCCAGCUGCUAACCCUAAGUGGAGAGUGCAGCUUCAGUCAUUUACGCACAAUUUCUUCUGUUUGAGAGGGAGGAAAGACUGCAGUGUCCCCUCAGCAUUCGAAAAAGUAAAUCUGUCCACUGCUGGUUUGGGGUUUAAGAAAAUCCAUUUCCCAGACCGGGCUUGUGAUGCUCAAGAGUUCCAAAAUCAGUUGACAAAAAGCUUCCCAAAGCUUCAGGAAGGAGGGGGCUUUGAGCUGUUGCGAACUAGCGGAAUGACACGGUCCAAAACGCUUGAGAUAAUUCCAUGUCCAGAGAGUGGAUACACACCCUUGUAUCUCACCACAGAGGCAGGGGUUGGUUCUUCAAUCCUUUAUGUGAGACCACUUCAAGCCAAUCUUAGCAUGGAAAGAAUACUAGUGCAUCUGAAAAAAUAG